UAUGAGCUAUCAGGUGGUGUACAAAACCAGCUGGGAAGUUUGUCAUUUUUCUGGUCUUUGUUUUACAGCUUGUAGUUCUGGCUGUGAUCUCUUGAGACAGAGCUAAGAGAGGCAGUGCUGCAAGAAAUGGCAACAAUGGCAGGUGAAGACUGUGUAAGAAAACGCCAGUCUGGCUCCACUACAACCUCCAAGACCCCCGAGAAUGAAGAAAUGCAGAGGAGACCUGAGGGUGAGAGGUCAUUUCAAAACUCAAGCAAUGGCCGGGUUGAUGUUGACCAUGUGAUAACAAGGAAAAUGCAGCUAAUAGCAGAAGCUGAGCAAUUGAAGCCAGCUUUCCUGAAGGAAGUGGACAGUCACUUCACAGAGUUUGUGAACAAUUUGGUGGCGAAAUCGGCGCUCCUGGAUUCCUCAUCUUCAGCCUCCCUAUUCCCAGCUUCCUGUUCAGAGAAGGAACUGCACAAAGCCAGGACCUUGAGAGCCCCUCCAGAACAUGGGAAAAUCUUUACUGUCAGGAGGUCCCUUUUAGAUGAGCUGUUUGAAGUAAGUCACAUCAGGACGAUCUACCACAUGUUCAUCGCUCUUCUCAUUGUCUUCAUCCUCAGCACACUUCUAGUAGACUUCAUUGAUGAAGGAAGGCUGGUCCUAGGAUUUGACCUGUUGGUCUUUGUUUUUGGAAAGUUCCCAAUCGUCUUCUGUACUUGGCUGUGCAUGUUCUGUGCCACAGUUAUUGUUCCAUACAACCUUUUUGUCUGGUGGGCCCAAGGCUAUUGCAGUUCCUCUCGUCGGGCAAUCCGCUCUCUCUGCUAUGGAAUGUUGUUCACACUGUUCCAAACAGCUGGGCUCGGAUUGGGACCAACCUAUAUUGCUGUAUCGUAUGCCCUGCCUCCAGCUUCCCGUUUCAUUGUAAUACUGGAACAGGUUCGUCUUGUUAUGAAGGCUCAUUCAUUCAUCCGGGAAAAUGUACCCAGAGUCCUGUCCUCUGUAAAGGACAAGUCCAGCACAGUACCUAUUCCCAGAAUUUCUCAGUACCUGUACUUCCUCUUUGCUCCCACCCUCAUCUACAGAGACAACUAUCCCAGGAAUCCCACAAUAAGAUGGGGCUAUGUAGCUACCAAAUUUGCACAGGUGCUUGGUUCACUUUUUUAUGCCUACUACAUCUUUGUGAGGCUCUGCAUUCCUCAGUUUCACAACAGUAGUCAAGAAACCUUCAAUCUUCGAGGGCUGGUCCUCUGCAUCUUCAAUUCCAUUCUGCCAGGUGUACUGAUUCUCUUCCUGGUUUUCUUUGCGUUCCUUCACUGUUGGCUCAAUGCAUUUGCCGAGAUGCUGCGCUUUGCAGAUAGGAUGUUUUACAAGGACUGGUGGAAUUCCACUUCCUAUGCAAACUACUACCGGACCUGGAAUGUGGUAGUACAUGACUGGCUCUAUUACUAUGCCUACAGGGACUUCCUUUGGUUUUUUGGUAAGAAGUUCAAAGCAGCAGCUAUGCUAUCUGUCUUCACAGUAUCAGCUGCUGUGCACGAAUAUGUUCUGAGCAUCUGCUUCGGCUUUUUCUAUCCAGUUCUCUUUUGCCUGUUUACGUGUUUUGGAAUGGUCUUCAACUUCAUCCUUAAUGACCGUCGGAAAGGCCCCAUCUGGAACGUGAUCAUGUGGACUUCCCUCUUCCUGGGCCAAGGUGUCAUCAUUUGCCUCUAUAGCCAGGAGUGGUAUGCUCGUCAGUACUGCCCUGUGGAAAAUCCCACAUUCCUGGACUACUUAAAACCACGCUCAUGGUCAUGUCAUAUGAAGAUGUAAAAAUGGUGUGCUCUGGCCAUGUCGUCACAGAAUAUCAGAGUUGUCCUCCAAGUAUUUGGACCAAUGAUCAAACUCACUACGGAUUUUUCUAAGGGAAGUUGUGCCUCCUGAUUAUUGGGGAGAAACUGUAAUUUUUUUAAACAUUACUGAGACAAACCAGUUGACCUGGUUUGCAGCAGGCUUUAGGCAGCAUCUACUAUGUGCUGUCUCACUUUGAGCCGUUUCAUGCCAGUAAAACAUUGAGCUGAAGGGUGUCUACUGGAAUCCUACUCAUCCAGGGGUGCCCCCCCGUUGCUGCUCUUCUGGACAACAGAUAGGCUAGUAGAUCUGCUAGUAGCUCAUUGUUGGCAUCCGUCCACCUACAUUAGCCAUCCCUUUGCAAUUUUUUUUCUCCCUUUUGGUAACAGGAUGUCCACAAAACUUGCAUUCUUCAUCAUCCUGUCUGCUGCUAUGAUGUGGACAAGUGGCAGAGCAACAGUAUAUUUGCCUCCUUGCUCUGAAGAUAGCCAAAGUAUUCCUGGAUGGCUUUGAACUGCAUUCUGUGUAUGUUAGCUGCCUACAGAUGUAAAAUGGGCAGAGGAAGAGGGAAUUGUAGUUUACUUGUGGCUGUGUUGGAGAGCCAGGUUCAGAAGCAGGGCAUGGUGUGUGCAGUCUUUAUAUGACUUUUUAUGCUGAAAAUUUCUGUUUUCUCUGUAUUCGUUUAGUUCCCAACUGACUUAAUAGCAUUUUUGUUCUCUGAAGGCCCUUGCAACUUGAGGAAUAGUUUUUCUUCUAGCUCUUCCUUUCUCUUGCUUCAGAUAAUCAAUUCUUAUAACACAAUUAACUUGUAAAAGAGCUUUUGCUUUAAUUUGGCAGAUGUACAAGUUGUUAAGGUUUUCUUUAGUGGGAGAUUUGAAAUACUACAACCCAGCUGGAAGAAGAUGCAAUCAACUUUACAGGUACAUUCUGCAUUCUCAUGUGAAAUGGCUACGCCCAGUCCAGUAUGCCAGCACGCCUUGGUGCCUUUUGCCAGUGUGUGUUGCAGCAGCUUCUAACGCUGCCAGUGGGAGAUGAGGGUGGACCCUGUGGCUGGAGUCAGAGCUGCUUUUUCAUCUGUCCAUGUCUGCUCUUGUGCCAGUGGAGGCUUCAAGUGAAGAUCAGUUUUCCAGGUAUUGCCACCCUCUUUCUGAAGAGGGAGGACAUCCUCCCAUACAAACGCACAAAAGCAGAAGCAUUACAUGAAUUUGGUCUUUCAAUUUCUAUUAAUUAGGCAGAGUCCUUUCAGUUUCCUUGUUCUGUCAGAUGCUAAACACAAAAGGGAACUUACAUAGAAUCUGGCUACAUAGUAUUUCUCCAGUUUUGCUGGAAUUGCAGCUCCCCUUAUUGACGAGAGAUGGUAACCUGAUGGAGGUACCUUAACUUUGGUCACAGAGAUUUUUGAGUUACUCAAAUGUUCUUUAUUGGCACUUUUUGGUAAUGGCUUUUCUUCACUGACCUACAGCCUUGGUAUUUGAUACCAGCAGUAUUGGGACCGUUUAUGGCCUUAUAUCCUGAUCCAUUUAAGACUGUCUUUUGGGCUUCUAUUUUUACUAAGCUGAGCCAAAAGUAAUUUCAUGAAAGCUAGGUAACACUUAAACUCUUCCAGGUUUUUAGUCUUCUGUAAGAAGGAAUCCCACUCGCGCACAGUGAGGACCUUGUGUCGGGUCAAAUUUGCCAAAUGCAGUAUGUGGCUCUCCUGAAAAUAUCUCCUGAUAGAACUUGUUUGUUGAAACAGUUGGGUUAAUUUCAGAGGAAGGGGUUCAUGUAUGUACUCAAACUUGGCAGUGUUACUAUAUAAAAUCCUGAGAAUUAAAUGGAUUACUUAAUCCUUAUUCAAUCCUGAAUCUUCUACUGUACAUUUUUUGGGAGGAAGGAACAGAAAUGCUGGAGCAAGUAAGGUUCCUAUUUGGAAAAAAUCAACCAAACAAAACCCCACCACCCUUUGGCCAAACAGCUUUGUAACCUCCUUAGUGUAGAAUUAAGUUUAGUCCAGUACUUUUUAGUUGUGGUGCUCAAAACACUUAUGUACAAGAUGUAACUCUACUCAGUUUGGGUGUGAGGGAUUAGGGACUUGGUUUGCCUCUCGAUGCUUGUGUCAGGUCUUGCUGCUGUCUUGGUGUUCUCAAAAGGAGAUCAAAUGAUGGCACUUUGUGUCAAGUUCCGGUGUUUCCCUCGCAGCCGAUGCUGUCAUAUUCCUAAUAAAGGAUACCAGCAUUUACUGUGUCAGUGUUCUUGCUGUUUAAGCCUGAGGGCUUGAGCAUCUGGCAAGCAAAAGGCAACUAGAAAGGAAUGCUCAGCUGUUGGAACUAGUUUUUGACAGGCUGAGAUUUUUAGCCUUGUAGAUCAAGGCAUCUGGCAACCAUGCUGUCAGGACAUUAACAAUCAGGAUUAAUUUCAGUUUCAUGGGUGGUUGUUUUUGUUGGUUUUUGGGUUUUUUUUUUUAAUUGCUUUUGAAUGUGGGCUCAUCAUCAUUUUUCUCAAGAGUACUGGAGGGGAAAUGCUAAGUCUUUUGCACAUUGCUUGUUUAAUUCGUCAAUUAUACCAUGUUUGUUGGAGUUUCCUUAGGCUGUGAGUGCCAGAGCUAGCAGUAUGGUGUUCUGGUCAAUAAUGAGGGUGCUGGGGUUCACAACCUGCCCUUUACAAGUUCUUAAUAAUAAUAUAUAGUUUUCUGUGGCUCUUUCCAAUACAAGAACUGUGCAGCUUGCUUCCAUGGUAACUUCUCAGCUUCGAGGUGGGAAGCCUUCAGCUUUGGAAUAGCAGCCAGUGCAGCUGCAGCUCCUUGCUUAAUAACAUCACAAAAAUCAGUAUUAAUGUGGCGAAAUGUGUCUCGUUUUUAAAACAGUUUGAUCUCGGGAAGACCGAACCUCUGCAGAAUCUUUGUGCCUAGUAUGUCCUUUCUGUUGGGGGGUUUAGCUUCCAGCCUUCUGAGGUAAAGAAGCCCUGCAUGUGAGCUGUGAAGUGUAUGCUAUCCUGUGACAGCCGUCCAAGUAAGGCAUGUGCCACACUGGGAGCGGGGGGGAAUCCUUGAUGUAUUUUCUUACUACAAAAUGGCAUGGAUUACAUGGAUCGGUCUGCUGCUAAAGGAAAACUGCACGGUUGGAGCUCCAGUUGAGCAUAGCUGGGCUGGAAGGAUGGCAGUCCGGCGAUAAGCAAGCCCACACACACUGUGGCAUUGGGGUUCUCAACCAGCUUCCCACUGUGGCUCUGAGCCAGCUGAGGUCAGCCUUGUCUCUUCUCCCUGAGCUUGCAGCCAUUGCUGCCCUUCACCUGUGGUGGCCGGGGAGAGGCAGCCACCAUGUGCUGCUGUGUGCCCCAGCACGCGUGGUUCCAUGUAUGCAACCUGUACAGAGUUCUGUUGCGCAGAAGAGCUGUUUAUAAUCUACUGUAUUACAGCAGUUGAAAUAUAUUUUGCUAUUAGGGGAGAAAAAAA